AUGUUCUACUUUGCCCAUCUUGGCAUCGGCCGCUCUAGCUUCUGCAAGAGCGGUAGAGAUAUCUGGUCAGACGACACCACCCCCAUGCUCGGAUUCCUAGGCAUGACCGACCUUCCCGACGAUGACGAGGCAGAGCUCCAGCGCGCCUGCUGGGGCGUCAAGAAGUCAGAUCAGCCGCACCUGGAAGCCCGCAGCCUGCACCAAGCGGCCUACUACGGGGGACGCCGGACAGAUGCAGCGGUUCAUCCAGCAGGGCGCCGCCGACGAGGGCGGGGCGUACGGCAACCAGACGUCGCUGCAGCUCGCCGUCUCGAGUCCGGCAGCAAGGCGACCGUUGCUGAUCACGGCCCGGCGCGGACGUUCGAGGCGCGCAGCGGCAAGGGCCGCGCGCCGCCGUACGCGGCCGCGCGGUUCUGGGCAGCCGAAGAUCGCGAGACUGCUGCCGGACGCCUGCGCGGGCUUUGCGCGCACGGGAUAACAGGGGUCGCACGCCGCUGCGCGAGGCGGCAGUCGCGUACGAGUCGCUGGGCGUGGCGGAGGUGCUCCUCACGGCCCAUCUGCGAGGGCCGUUGCGAGGUCGUCGAGCUCCUCCUCGAUCACGGCGCCGCGGUGAGCGCCCGCGACGGCGGCUUCCUCAUCCCCGCCGACGACGAAGGGCCACACCCUACGACUACGGGGGGCAACACACGCUGCUACACCGCGCCGCCGACAUCUCCGGGCGGCUUGUCAAGGCGGUGCUGGCGGCGGGCGGCGGAGGGGCGGAGGGGCAGACCUCGCACGAAUGUGGCGGCGCGGGGCAGGGACGGGGAGACGGCGCUGCACUUUGCGACGGGGGAUCCGGCGCCGAUGUGGUGCGGGGAGGAGGGGCCGGAGGCGGCGGAGAAGGUGAGGGUGCUGCUGGAGGCGGGCGUGGAGGUGAAUGCGCGGACGACGGGGCAGACGGCGCUCGGGAGGGCGGAACGGACGGGGUUCCGGGGGGUGGCGGAGCUACUGAGGGAGAGAGACGGGACGGAGUAG